UAGCCAUACUGUAUCAAAGGGCGCUUGUAUCAUUCUGGAGGCGCUUGUCGAUUUCUUCCAGGAGACUCCUCUUAUACUUUCUUGCUUCAAAGGCCACUAACUAUGAACUGGGCCCGGUUGCUGGUGUUCUGCAACGUGCUAGUGGCCGCUGAUGCCCUCAUCAGAAUUCCGCUCACGAAAUUCCAGUCGGCACGCCAGUCCCUGACUGACGUCGCGGGUUCCGUUGAGAAUCUCAUCGCCGCUGGGCGACGUGGAAACCGGAAGUACACGGAAUCCCUGCGAAAGAAAGGAGAGACUCCGGAGCUCCUCACAAACUACCUGGAUGCCCAGUACUAUGGCCAGAUUGGGAUCGGCACUCCACCGCAGCUCUUCACGGUGGUCUUCGACACCGGCUCGUCCAACCUGUGGGUCCCUUCGCAACACUGUCACUUCUUUGACUUUGCCUGCUGGUUUCAUCACAAGUACAAAUCAGAGGCAUCCAGCACCUAUGUGGAAAAUGGCACGAAGUUUGCUAUCCGCUAUGGAAGUGGCAGCCUAACUGGAUUCCUCAGCCAGGACGUUAUAACUAUCGGUGACAUGAAGACCCCAAACCAGAUCUUUGCUGAGGCCGUCGCACAGCCAGGGUUCACUUUCAUUGCUGCUAAAUUCGACGGGAUCCUUGGCAUGGCUUACCCAACCAUCUCUGUCGAUGGGGUCCUCCCCGUCUUCGAUAACAUGAUGAAACAGAAACUCGUGGAGGAAGACAUCUUCUCCUUUUACCUCAACAGGAAUCCGACCACACAGCCAGGUGGGGAGUUGUUGCUGGGUGGUGUAGACUCCAAGUAUUACACCGGAGACUUCCACUAUUUGAACGUCACGCGUCAGGCCUAUUGGCAAAUCAAAGCUGACCAGGUGACUGUCGGAACCCAGUUGACCCUGUGCAAGGGUGGUUGCCAGGCGAUCGUGGAUACAGGAACAUCGCUCAUGGUUGGGCCUGUUGCGGAGGUUAAAGCCCUUCAGAAGGCCAUUGGUGCAAUACCAAUCUUUCAGGGAGAGUAUAUGAUCGACUGUGCGAAGAUCCCGUCUCUACCCAAUAUCACCUUCACGCUGGGAGGCAAGGACUUCUCGCUGACCGGGGACCAGUACGUGCUGCAGGUGAAGCAUUGACAGAUUCAAUUAUCU